AUGGAGGGCGCAGACUUCAUUUCCUUCGGCGACAUAAGCCAGAAGCAACCUUUCGACACCAAGCGUGAACCCGGUUUAACAUUCGACAACAAGACCGAAGUUGAGCGCAAAGAAAUCCAACGUGCCCAUCGUCUUGCCGCCAAACGCGCACACAAGAAAGAAAAAUCAGACGCCAAAAAAGCUCGCAAGGAAAAUGCUAUUCUCCACCGUCGCGCGACUAAGAAUCGGGAGAAGUAUAAUAAGAAUAAAGAGCGCAAUGCAAUUCGAGAUAUCGAAGCGGAGCGGAAGAAGAUUCGCCGACAGGCGUUGGAUCAAUACAAAAAUAUCACUGGGGAGAAAUUCGAGGGACUAGGACGACCCGUUCUGCCUGAGGGGAAGAGUGUCCCGGAGGGCGAGGAGAAUAUGUUUGCGUUGUGGGAUCUGGGUGAUGAGGAGAUCGUGAAGAGGAUUAGGGGUCAUAAGGCGAAGAAGAGGGAGGCGGCGAGGAAGUUGCGGAGGAGUCAAAUGGAGAUGAAGAAGUUGAAUAGGGCGUUGAAGGCGAGGAGGAAGGAGUGCGAGAAUCGUGGGGAGGUUUUUGAUGUUCAGGCUGUUACGAAGGAGAUUUUGGAGGCGCAGGGGAAGGAGAAAGAUAAGGAGGCUGAGGGUGAGGAUGAUGGGUGGGAAGAUGAGGUUGAGGAAGGCGAGGGGGAAAAGAAGGGGAAAAGGACUGCGGAGGGGGAUGUGGAUGGAGAACCGAGUGCGAAGAAGAGUAAAAUGUCGAAUGGUGAUGCUAGGGAAGAGGUUGGUGCGGAUGGGAAGAAGAAGAAGAAGGGGCCAAAUAUUCCGAAACUCAAUCUUGCUCUUUUGGAUGAUGCUACGAUCGCUGCGCGUGUCGCGAAGGAGAAGAAGAAGACACGCACGUACCUCAAGAAGAUUGAUGCCGUUGCUACAUCGUUGGAUGGAGUGGAUGGGAAUAACAAACCUGUCAAAAAGGAGAAGAAGAAGAGAAAGGACAGUAACGCUGGGGAUGAGAAACCAGUUGUGGAGGAUACUGAAAUGGCAGAGACUACAACUCCCAAGAAAGAGAAGAAAGAGUCGAAGAAAAAGAAGAAGGACAUGGCGUCUGAGGAGGAGAAGCCAGAGGUUGCGGGGGAAGUGAAGCCAACUGAGAACACGGAGAUAGCAGAGGCAACAACUCCCAAGGAGUCCAAGAAGAAGAAGAAAUCUAAGGAUGCCGAGGAGGAGAAGAUAGUUGAGCAAGAUACAGAGGUCCUCGAACCCACAACUUCCAAGAAAGACAAGAAAAAGAAGAAGGACAAGACAUCCGAAGAAGAUCAACCGACCGAAGAAGCUGUGGAAGUCGUCACUCCAAAAAAAGACUCCAAAAAGAAGAACAAAGACAAAUCCUCCACCAAAGAAGUCUCAAUCGACCCCGAAACCACCUCUAACCCCGAGUCUAAGAAAAAGAAGAAAGACAAAUCCUCUAAAUCAGAUCCCGACGCCAAGUCAUCGAAAAAACGUAAAGCGGAAGCGGAACCCGUCGUAGCUGCGCAAUGGAAUCCAGAGGCGCUGGGAGGGGAUGCGGAGAGAAAGAGUAAGUUUUUGAGGCUUUUGGGAGGGGGGAAGGUUGCUACGAAUGGUGAGGGGGGAAAGGGUGGGGAGGGGGAUAAGGGCAAGACGAAGGGAGAGAUUGAGAAGGUGCAGAGUGAGCUUGAGAGACAGUAUGAGAUGGGUAUGAAGAUGAAGCAUGACGGUGGGGGCAAGAGGAGGGGGUUGGGUGCUUAG